AGGGCGCUCUUAAACGUUCAAUUUAUAAAAAUAUUUCAAUGUGGUCACUUUCUCUAGUAAAAAAAAAAAAAAAAAAAAAAAAACAUCAUACUUACCUAAGAUGGCUAAUAUAACUGAGCGAUAAAUGAACGAUACGCAGUGGAAUCCUGGCAAUUACCAAAGUAGCAGCAGGUGUUGGAAUUAUCUGAAGUAGCCAUAUGUGGUACCAAUCCGCAAGUUUAAAAUCGCAUCUUGGUGUAGUGGCGAUAAGUGAAGGAGCGUAUGUACAAUAGCCUUGAGAAAGAAUAUUUUAUUCAGGGACACGCGGUAUAUACUUAAUUUAUAAAAUAAUACGGGUACUUAAAUGAGAAGUGAUUUUGUAGAUAUAUAAACGUAUCGGAUAUAUCACUUGUGAUGAAGUUAGUUUAAUAACGUAUAAUCGAUUGCACUUGUGGCAACGUACUCAACAAAUCAUCAUCAUCAUCAUCAUCAUCAUCUCCGAACGAUGCCAACAUCCCGGUUGUGAUAAUUGUAAUUUUGAGCACAUUCACGACCGCGCGUCGGAAUUAGACGGGACACAGGGGAUUAAUAAAGUUUUGAUAUUUAUAUACAAAGGCUAGAUAAAGCUUGGUGUGAGAUACAUAUUUAAUAAUAAGACGAAGUUAACCUAAAAUGCGAGGGGUCGUGGACGCUGAUGUUAUUGUACUGAUUAGUGUUCAAUUAUUGUAUUGGUGUUGUGAUAUUAUAUCGGCAAGUGGCGGAGCUUUAGAUCCAAAUACGCACAUUCAAACCGGGGCUUCCAGUAGCUCCCACUCAAAAACGCCAACUUUUACAGCAUCUCUUGCCGAUGGUUUGGCACAAGUCGUUCUUCACGAGCCGACUACUGAAACUUGCAACGAUGAUAUAACUUGUUUAAGAAUGGCUACUCAAGAUCGACUGGGUUUAGAAGCAAUUAAAUUAUUGCAUAGUCAGUUAGACGACGAUGCUAAUGGAAAUAUAGAUCUAUCAGAAUCAGACGAUUUUUUAAGAGAAGAAUUACAAUAUGAAGCUGGUUAUGAGAGAAGACAAAGAGCUUUUCAUCAUAAUGAUGAUAUGCAUAUUAGUGUACGUGAACUUUGGGAGGCUUGGCUAAGAUCGGAGGUUCAUAAUUGGACUAUAGAACAAACAUCAGAAUGGUUGACUACAAAUGUUGAGCUUCCUCAGUAUGUACCUACAUUUAUACAACAUCGUGUGACUGGUGCUACAUUGCCAAGAUUGGCUGUCAACAAUAUGCACUACCUUAGUAAUAUUUUGGGAGUUAAAGAUCCCAUACACAAGCAAAAAAUUGCUUUGAAAGCAAUGGAUGUUGUACUUUUUGGUCCUCCAAAAGAUACUGGACAUGGCAUUAAAGAUUUAAUAUUGAUCACGUUAUUAUUUGGAGCACUUAUUGGGUGCUGGUACGUAUAUCAACAAAAAAAAAGUUCACAGAAGCACUUGCAUAGAAUGAUGAAAGAUAUGGAAAGUUUACAUAAAGCGGAACUUGCAUUGGAAGAUUUACAGAAAGAAUUAGAAAGAGCAAGAAUGGAACAGGAGUCUGCGACCACUGAAAAAAAGAAUUUAGAAAAACGUUUACAAGAUGGCAGUUUAGGAUUACAUACUUCAUAUUCUGAUGUUGAAGUCUCACAGUUAAAAGCAGAAAUUGAAAUGUUAAAAGUAGAAUUACAAAGAGCAGAAGGUGAACUAGAAGAUAGAUGUUGGUCGCCACCUGCUGGCCUUCAACAUUGGUUGCAAUUGACUCAUGAAAUUGAAAAUAAAGCAUAUACAAAGAAAAAGAUUUCAGCCGAAAAACAAUUGCAACAAGCACGAGAAGCGUGCGAAAAAUUACGAAAAAAACGAUCGAGUUUAGUUGGAGCAUUUGUUUCUACUCAUGGAAAGUCUAUUGACGAGGUCGAUAAAAGUAUAGUCGAAGCAAGAACAGCAUUAAACGAAGUUACAGUUGAAUUGCAAGAACGUGUGCAUCGUUGGAAACAAAUUGAACUUUUAUGUGGUUUCAACAUAAUUAAUAACAAUGGUUUGAACUAUUUAGAAACUGUAUUAUACAGAGGAGCAUCUAAUGGUAGAGGUUUUGGAUUAAGAGGUCGACUCAGUAGUCAAGAUGAUUUAGAUGACGAGACAAGUUCAAUAUAUACAUCAUCGUCUCCUGGUGCUGCAGGUAUAUUGGAGAAUAUAAAUUGGAAGGAAUCAUCUAUACCUCCUGACUCGUCGAGUGGUGAAACAGGUAAGGACACUCCACCCGAAGUUGUUCAUUUUACGUUGGGCGACGGCAACGAAGAAAGUACUAUGGUACCAUCGAUUAAAGAGAAGACCGGUAUGAUUCGAUCAUAUAGCCAAGAAACCAACAUGGCCAUAGUUGACGAUAAAACAAAUUCAUCAUUCCUAUCAAAGACUUCAUAUUCGGAAAACUCAUUAGAUACGUCUGAGAAAUCGGGCUAUCGUGGUGUCAUAGCGAAAAGGCCAUUUAAAGAACUACCCACUGUGAUGUCGAUGGAUGAUGAAACAUUAUCGACAGAUUCCAAUUCGACUGCUGACAAUGAAGAAUUAAAACGUCGACGCAGAAAACUUCAUUUUCCGGCAUUCAGGAAGAAUAAAACUAAAAUUACGUGAUGUUCAAUAGUCCCAGAAUCAAAUAUGUUACAAAUUAAUUCAAGACAUAUCCCAGACAUGCACUUAAAAAUUAUAAUUAGGUAAUAUAUUGUGUAUGUGCCUAUCUUCUUAGGUAUAGUUUCGCGUGCGGUGUAUGUAGUGGCCUUACCGGCAGGAUAUCCAUGUCCGAACUCCAGUGAAGAAACCUUUUUAAAUAAGCGUACGUGCAUAGUCUGUAUAUCGUGAUUGAAAAAUAUGAAAAAUAUAUUUAUGCAGAGUCGGACAUACUGUCAACUUACGAUGUUUUCAAUGCAUCGACAAUUCAUUUUUCUCAUCAGACCAAAGAGUGAAGCAGCCCAUUGGCAGCGCUUUAUCUGCUUGAUAAUUCCAGUUGCAAGUGUGCAUAGUUGUGAUUAGCAGAGAUGGAGUGCAGCCAAGACGUGUAAGGUGCGAUUAUCCUUUGGCCUAUAUUGUGUAUUAGACGUUCUGUUAAUUUCAUUGUCAUAUAAUUAAGUCAUUCAGAUAACUCACAAAUUUCGAUUUAUUCCUUUCCAUAACAAGAUCAAUGUUAAAGUGAUUAGAAUUUCAUAUUUUUCUGCAAUAUACUAUUAUUAGUAUAUAUAUAUAUAUAUAUAAGAAUGUCACAUUAUUAGAAAAUAAUAUAUAUCGCGCUGUUAUUUAAAUGUCCAACAUUGUUACUUAAAACGUUUGGUAUUCCUUCUGUCCUAUUCGCCAAGCGUUUUCUGUAGCCAUAGAAUUAUUUUUCAAAUACCACUGUGAAAAGUAUUCAAUGUCUGAUCAAAAUAGAUUUUUACAUAAAGAAAAUCAAUUCAGAAUGACAAUAUAUGUACAAACAGUUUUUAAAAUGUUGGAAAUAUUUUUCCAAUAAAUUUUAAUUAAUUAAAAUAUUUCUGAAAUGAUAAUAAUAAUGCAAGCAAUUUAAAUAAUUAUAAAUAGUAUAUUUUAUUUCACAAUGACAUUAUUGUUCCUAAUGUGAUCUGUUAUUCUCUGUCAUGUACAAGUACUUUUUAUACAAUGAUUUUAGAAAUGAUUAUUAAUGUAUCAGUAUAAUACAAAUGUUUAAAUUUAAGGGAAAAAAAAAACGAGUAUUUUUGCUCAGAUAUGAAUAUCAAACAAAAUUCUCUUCCAUGAGAUUUGACUUUAACUUUAAAUGUUACUUACAUGAAAAUAUUUGAGGUGUAACAUCCUAAUUCUGUUUAACAGCUGCUAUGUAUUUAAUAUGUUAUGUGUUACCCUGUUUACUCUUAACUUCGUGUUAUUUCCCGUUUUAAAAUAAAUUAUUAGUGAUAGAAAUAAAAAAAAA